GUCCUCACGUCGAACCGUCCUCUUCAACCUUCCCUACAGAACGCAUCUGGCAUUCGGACCUCGAGUUCCUGUUCGACUCCCUGAGCGCCUUCACAAAGCCGCUUGUUUACGUCAUGCCCUCGUCACAGGGCGCCGGUCACUCGGCAACCGGCGCCCAAACAAUUGGGGAUCGUGAAUCUGACUCGGCGGAUCGCGAAGCCGGUGACGAGAGGUCAAGCAAAGAGGUGGAGGCAUCGCCGUUGAGCCAUCCGCUCGACUCAGCGCCGGUAGACUCGGCCGAAAGCGACCGGUCGCUAGGGCCAAUGCGAGGACAGGGCCACGUCUAUCCGACUUCGCCGCCGCUCGUCAAUCCCGAAUUCCUCCUUUUGGCUUUGGGCUUUUGUCUGUUGGUGGUUCGAUUUGCUGAACCGUUCUGGUUCACCAGCAGAGCUUUCACUUUGCUCUUCUGCCUCUUCACCGGCCUCACUGCUCUCCAUGUCCUCAUCGAGGUGGCGGCCAUCUCUGUCAUCUACAAGCUCUACACCCUCAGCGACCAAGUCCCCAGAGCCGGCAGCGUUGGUGGGGGCGUGGUUGCCUCGCCC